UCUCAAACCAACUGAGUCUCUAAUGGGAAACUGACCAUUCGCAGAAACGCUGCUUAUACUUGUUCUGUUCAGAAAUCUCCCCCCAGAUUUGAUCUGUUAUCCUAAUUCUAGCACUUUUUUGUCUUUUGGGUGACGGGAAUUCUCCAAAUUUUGUUUUUGGGCGCUUGAAAUCGGAAACCCUAACCCUAAAUUUCAAAAAUCAUGGCGUCGAGGAAGAAACAGUCAGAAGGAAUCGCUUUACUCUCCAUGUACAACGAUGAAGAUGAUGAAGAUAUGGAAGAUCUCGAUGACCAGCAACAACAGCAUGAAGAGCAGCAACAACAGCAUGAAGAAGACGAGCUGCUGGAAGAUCAGAACGAUUAUAGGGAAUCAAACGAGACGGGACCUGAUUCAGUUAACGAUGCAAUGGUUACUGAUGACUUGCCUAAUGAAACAUCAGAACAUUUAGAAACGUCACAACCUAUUGAAAUGAAUAAUACUGUUAUUGAGUCAGAAGCUGUAGAAAAUGAAGGUACUACUAAUGUUCUUGCAGAAGAUGAUUCAUUGGAUAAAUUUCUUCCCCCACCAUCAAAAGACAAGUGCCCAGAGGAGCUGCAAAGGAAAAUAGAUAAAUUUCUUGCUUUGAAGAAGGUUGGCAGAAGCUUCAAUGCAGAAGUCCGCAAUAGAAAGGAUUAUCGAAACCCUGACUUCUUGCUGCAUGCAGUUAGGUAUCAAGAUAUUGAUCAGAUUGGGUCUUGCUUCAGUAAAGAUGUAUUUGACCCUCAUGGAUAUGACAAAAGCGACUUCUAUGAUGAAAUAGAAGCUGAUAUGAGACGUGAAAAGGAGAGGAAGGAACAAGAGCUGAAGAAGAGUCCUAAGGUUGAAUUUAUUUCUGGAGGAACUCAGCCUGCUCAGGUUGCGGCCCCACCAAAGUUUAGCCUGCCUAUUCCAGUUGCUGCUCCUAGUGGGUUGCAUUCUGCAUCAACCACAGCUGAUGCAGUUGUUCGGGAUGGUAGACAGAACAAGAAGUCAAAAUGGGAUAAGGUCGACGGUGAUGGAAAAAAUCUUCUACCAACUGGUGGACAGGAUUCUUUAACCACAGUGGCAGCCCAUGCAGCACUUUUAUCUGCUGCUAAUGUUGGUGCUGGAUACACAGCUUUUGUGCAGCAGAAACGGCGAGAAGCAGAAGAAAAAAGAUCCAGUGAAAAGAAGUUGGAGAGAAGAUCUUGAGCCUGUUCAUUGUAAUUCUUGGCAGAAACACCUAGACACCUAUUAGAGGAAGGAAUAGGCAACCUUGCUCCACAUUUUUUCACUUAACUAAUGUCUAUGAAUGAAAAUAAUAGUCAACUGUGCGGUACAGUCAAAUUUGUAAUUUCAAUCUUGAGGUUCAAUGUAAUAUAUCAAACAGCAUGAGUUGAAACAAAUGUGCUUAGCUCAAAUUUCAGAUUGGUAUAAUUUUUUUGCA